UUGUUUUUCACUGUCAAGUCACAGAAAAUGAGUGUUAAUUUUUAACUUACAAGCGUUCGUUUUUUAUGGAUAUGUUUUAAAAAACAUCUUAACAUGUAUUUAAUUUGUAAAGUAGAUCUUCCUUAACAGUUGAUAUUUUCUCCAGUCUUUAAAAACAAAUUUUACCCUAAAAUUAAAUCUUUUAGUCUUCAUGUGUUGUAGGUUAUGACUCUAACCUCGCCCAGAAAACUAUCCUCUUAUAAAUAUAAAUUCGCAAUCAAAUAGGUUCCAAACUUUUGAAAACUUAGGGCUAGCGACUUUUUAACAAUAAAAAUAUGACUAUGGAAAGGUUUAAGCUUUCUCAUAUUUGGCAGUUAAUUCUUCCAGUCAUUAUGAAAUGUUGGGCACUUUCAGGAGCAGCUGUUUUUACUUUCCUGCUGGUUUAUUGGGCCUAUGGAGGAUUUCUAGCUUUAUCUCUGUUGGGAUUUGCAAUAACAGGUAUUUUCUAUCACAUGCAAGAUGCCCUGCUGUACCAUCCAGGGGACACGUUCCAAAACCGACUCUUUGUGCACACACCUACACUCUUGUCCCUGCCAUAUGAAAAUAUUUUUAUAAGAAGCAUUGACGGAACACUCAUUCAUAUGUACUUCAUUAGGCAGCCAGAAGAUAAAGCCUCUCACGUCCCAACAAUUGUGUUUUUACAUGGAAAUGCUGGCAAUGUAGGACACCGAUUGCGUAAUGCAAGCGGCCUGUAUCACAAUCUUCACUGUAACAUACUGAUGCUGGAGUACCGAGGAUAUGGUCUGUCAAAAGGGUCGCCCUCAGAACAAGGUCUCUGCAUGGAUGCCCGAGCCGCCAUAGACUUUCUCUCUACUCGUUCCGACGUCAACCAUAAGAUGGUUGUUGUUUUUGGACGCUCUCUAGGUGGAGCAGUCGCCAUAGAUCUGGUCGCUAGGCCAGAGUACAGUGCUAGAAUCUGGUGCGUAGUUCUGGAGAAUACCUUCACGAGCAUUCCAGACAUGGCUUACACCCUCAUCCAUUCCAAAUUCAUCAAGCAUCUUCCCCUGUGGAUUUUUAAAAAUAAGUUUAUGUCCAAGCGCAAAGUGCCUCAUGUGCAGAUCCCUGUGCUGUUCAUCUCCGGCCAGGCAGACACGCUGGUGCCGCCGGCCAUGAUGCGGGAGCUGCACAAACUCUGUCCCAGCCCUCACAAACAGCUGGUAUCGGUAGAGGCAGGUACGCACAAUGACACAUGGGCCUGUCCCGGCUACUACGCCAGCAUCGCCACAUUCCUCACCUCCGUCCACGCCAUGCAGCCCAACCCUCCUCGGCCGCCCUCCUGCGUGCUGGCCGUCUGACACAUGCUUCCACCCGCUGCUUCGACUGUGAUAGCUCUCGUAAAUGUGAGAUAUUUGUGAAAUGAGUAUGAGGUUUUUGGGGAUGAAAGAUUUUAUGGUUAAAAAAAUCAUGGUUUUAGCGUGAUGUGAAAUUUUAAACUUUUUAGUAUGCCUACAACGAAUUGUGGAUUUGUACAUGAUAAUUAACUCAAAUGAGUUUUAAGUGACUUUGUCCAAUAUGAGUAAAAUAAUUGUGUUAAAUUUGGGUCUAAAAGACAAGUUUUACCCUUUAAGCUCCAAACGAUAUACAUCGAACGUAAGAUUAACAAAACUUCCCCAUAAUAGUUACAUGAGUAUAAAUCAUCAAUAGCUGAAAGCUAUUACUGACAUAGUAUCAACCUAGGAAUUAAAAACUUACACUUGGGCGUUAACAAUUGCUAUUAGUAAAACAGACUGAUAAAUCAGAUCAAUGGCCAAAGAUGUCUCUCUUGACUCGGAGACAACCGUCGUAGGUUGAGGGCUCAACUCUAGUCUCAGCUAUGUCUAGUGCGUAACUUACGAGUUCAACUGUGUUUUACAGAGCCAGGUGUACAUCGAAGAUGCUUUUAAAAUCAAUUUGAGUUUCACGUUCUUAAGAUUAUGAAAAAACAUAAUAGGCAUAAAUAAAUCAUUGAUUAAUCCGUAUAAUUUUAAGGGCAUAACCUUUUAAAUUUGUAUGCAAACUUUGUAAUAGAAUAAUUUGCAAUUUUCAAAUGUGCGAAGGAGUGUUCCUUGUGAUUCAGGCAGCCUAUUUUAAUGCAGGAUGAACCUUAGUGAUAACAACUUGCUAUCCGGAUUUAUCUUGCCAGGUCCGGUAUCUUGUUAGACAAAACAUUUUUACUAUACCUUAUCAAGAAUCAACUGUAAAACAUGAACAAAUAUACGUGUCACUUUUACUUUGUUUAUCCAGACCAUUAACAUUUUUAAAACUUUUAUUGUAACUUAAGUAAGUAGCUUUCAAGCUAAUUCUGAUCAAGUUGAGUUCUAAAAUUAAUAUUUUAAGCUCAACUCUUUUGCAAAUUGUUGAUCACCAAGUUAUAGUUUAUAAAUCUGCACUCAAAAUUCAUAUCUUGGCUUUUUAUCAAUUUUGAAGCUGUUUUAAAAAACUAUAGUUUAUCGAUAAAAUGGAAGUAAUAACCAUCACAGUUAUUUACAAAUUAUUAUUGAAAAAUAACUAUUAACUGACUGUCUGAUUUAGCUAUUUAUUUUUAUGGGCUAACACCGCUAAAUUGUACAUAUAGCUAGUUCUAAGCAAAAUAUCACAUGUAAAUAAUAUGUAUGGUUUUGUUACCUUGAUUAUUUUAACAAAUUGCAAUGCUAUGUUUUAAAAGUAUUGCGACAAUAAAAUUGAUAUAUUUUA